AUGAAUCUUCUGACGACACUGAAACUGCUCCCCAUAGUGAUUACAUGGCUCGUGGUGUACAGCUAUCCGGAAGCUCCUUGUUCUUCCGAUGAUUGCAAUAACCUGCAAGGAGACUCAGGGACCGUGACGUCUUCAUCGCUUUACAGAAAAGCACUUCCCAAUGCCCCCGACGGGUACACACCCCAGGGUGAAACCUGUCUUGUAGAUAGACCAUCCAUCCGCAAUGGGUCGACACUGUCAGCGAACGAAACGGCAUGGCUGAAACAGCGACGAACCGUCACCACUGAUGCUAUGAAAGACUUUCUGGGCCGACUGGACUUCGGCUCCCUAGACGCAUCUUCACAUAUCGAGCAGAAUGCUGGAAAUGCAUCCGCACUCCCAAAUAUCGGGAUCGCGGCGUCCGGCGGUGGUUAUCGAGCGCUGAUGAAUGGCGGCGGCGCCCUACAGGCUUUUGACUCUCGAACGCCCAACUCGAGUCUUCAAGGCCACUUGGGAGGGAUUCUGCAGUCGGCUACAUAUCUCUCCGGCCUGAGUGGGGGCAGUUGGCUGGUCGGGUCCAUCUAUCUCAAUAAUUUCUCGGAUGUCACGUCCCUGCGAGAUAGCGAAACGGUGUGGCAGUUCCAGAAUUCCAUCUUCUCCGGCCCAGAGCAUGGCUUUGAUUUCGGCGUCAGUACGGUCAAGUACUAUUCGCAGUUGGAUGAUGCAGUGAGCGGCAAGUCGGACGCUGGGUACAAUGUUUCUAUCACGGAUUACUGGGGUCGCGCGCUCUCCUACCAACUCAUCAAUGCCACCGAAGGUGGUAUCAGCUACACUUGGUCCUCCAUUGCUCUGAGCAAGGCUUUCCAGAACGGUAGUAUGCCUAUGCCUAUCGUCAUCGCGGAUGGCAGAGCUCCUGGGGAGAUCCUCAUUCCAGACAACACGACCGUGUUUGAAUUCAAUCCGUGGGAAUUUGGGACCUUCAAUGCCCCCCUGGAGGCCUUUGUGCCUUUGGAGUUUAUCGCGUCCAACUUCUCCGCCGGGACGCUUCCCAAAGGCCAACAGUGCGCUCGCGGGUUCGACAAUGCCGGGUUCGUGAUGGGGACAUCGUCAUCGCUAUUUAACCAAGCGUUCCUGCAGCUCAAUAACACCGACGGGUCUCAGGUAGUGAAAAAUUCCCUCGAAAAGAUCUUGGGCGCGAUUGGCGAGGCCAACAACGAUAUCGCCGUGUACGACCCGAACCCAUUCUAUCUGUACUCUAAGCAGUCCACGUACUCCAGCUCUAUAUCCUUGACCUUGGUGGACGGUGGAGAGGACCUUCAGAAUAUCCCUUUGGAGCCUCUGCUACAGCCGGAGCGCAAAGUGGACAUGAUCCUGGCGUUAGACUCAUCCGCCGAUACGAGCACGGGAUGGCCCAACGGCACCGCCAUGGUCGCCACGUACGAGCGCAGCCUGAGCCCGCUGGGCCAGAGCAACGGCCUCGCCUUCCCCUCCGUGCCGGACCAGAACACCUUUAUAAACCUGGGGUUGAAUAGCCGUCCGACCUUCUUCGGCUGCGACAGCUCUAACGUCACCGGCGCGGCCCCGCUGGUGGUUUACCUCCCGAACGCGCUGUACAUCUACCAGUCCAACGUCUCCACAUUCGACCUAGAAUAUAACACCACCGAGCGUGAUGCCAUCAUCGAGAAUGGCUACAACGUUGCCACGCUGGGAAAUGCGACUAUUGACCCCGAUUGGCCGGUCUGCCUAGGUUGUGCCAUCUUGAGUCGGAGUCUGGAGCGCACCAACACCGCUGUCCCACAGAGCUGCACUGCGUGUUUCCAGCGAUACUGCUGGAACGGCACAACGAACAGCACCAAUCCUGGCGCUUUUUAUCCUACCUAUAAGCUAUCGCAGUUACAUGUCUAG